CAUCCCGCCCCAGGCUUUACCCUAUUCGGGGCCCCCUACUACCGGGGGCCGCAGGCCGUUCUGGUGCCACGUAUCGUUCGAAACCACAUCUCGCCAGAUGUGGAAAGCAUGCUGGCUGGCUUCGGACCAGGCUAGCCGCUGCACAAUGGCUGUCGUCACGUGGCAUAUUUUGACAUCAUGAUCCCUGGACUGCCUCCGGUUGGGUCGCAUAUACACAACCCCCCGACAUUUGGGGGGCUAGAUGGAGCUGUCCGCUCCCGGGCAUCGAGGAGCGUCGUCCAUCGGGCAGACUUUCCUCGAUGGCGCUACGAGAAUACCCGGCCCGGGUUUAGUUCUGCCCACGGCGGUGGCGGAGACGCCAACCUGAGCGUGCCUGCAUCGGAACUCGUCCUUUUUUACCAGGGCUAAGAUCGAAGGGGGAGAACAACAAAGGGGAGGACGGGGGUCCUAUUUCCUGGCCCAUGUCCGUGAUAUGCUGGCGGUUCGAGGCUCGUUUACAAGCUCGGACGGAUCCAGGAUAGGCCGUGGGCUGAUGGGUAUUGGGUCAUGGGACCCCAAUUGCGUACAGCAAAGCAUUUAGUGGUGAAUUUUAGUGCGGGCUUGGGACGGAUUGGCACAGAG